GCGGCGUCCAUGCUCUUCUCCUCCUUCGAGGGCGUCAGCGAGGUGAGGGCCGCCCAGCCGUCCAAGGAUGCCCUGCCCCUCGACAUCCACGUGAUCAUCAAGAGGGCCACGGGUUCGGCUCUCGGCCAGGUCACCGUCAACAGGUCGGACGCGUCGCCGCCUGCGGGCGCGCCCGAGCACGGCGCCGCGGAGGCGCAGGCACAUGGCGGAGCGGCGGGCGCCCAGGCCAUGCCUGGCCCCGCGCCGCCUGCAGCAGGCGCCCACCCGCCGGGCGCCCCUGGCGCUGCACCUGGCGCUGCGCCCGGC